CUGAAGCACAAGCUGGGGUCAGUUAGACCUUGCUCGGGGUCCUGGGGAUGUGUCCCAACCACCUGGGGUGAGGCCCCUGCCAUGGGGCACUGAAGGGAAUCCAGAGACGAUUUUUCUGACACCCAGGACAAAGUUCUCCUGGCCUGUCCUGUGGGGGACGCAACGUGCAGACGUGGUGCCCAGAGUGGUUGCUCCCAGCUCUCUUCCUUCUGCCCCCGUAAGAGCCUGAGCUUCGUUGAUUCCCCGGGCUGCCCUGCAAGCUCAUCAUGCUGACAGAAGACAUGAAGGUCUGGCAUGGUUUAGUGAUUGCAGUGGUGUCCUUCAUCCUACAGGCCUGCCUCUUCACUGCCAUCAACUAUCUGCUCUGCAGGAACAUGGAUGGCAGCGACACAUCCUCAGAUAGCUCCAACAGCUCCGACAACUCCGACAGCUCGUCUCAAAACUGCCAGGCCACCAAGGAUGUGAAUUACACACAAGUGGUCUUUUCAACCCCUGGAGGACUAAAAAAUGAAUCUGCUCUGGACUAUGAGAACCUAAAGGAAACCACAGAUUAUGUCAAUGUCUAUCCGAAAAGCCACAAGCCCAAUUUCUGGACUUUUGCGAACCCUGCUGACUCUGAGCCAGUGGAAUACACUCAAGUGGCCAUGUGAAUUCUAGGUUUUAAAAGGGGUGAAGUUCUCUACAAAUCCUUGCACUUACUUUGUAGGGGAAUUACUUUUUUCUUCUUUAAACAAGUCAUAGGAGACUAAGUAGGCCUGUAUCUCACUCAGCAAGAAAGAUUCAGAUCAGAUGUCAGGAAGAACUUCCAAGAUAAGUAUGGAUGAGUG